GGGAUGUUUUUUUUUUUAACUGCAAAGCCAAAAAGACAAUUGUAUGGUCUCUGGUAAGGUAAGGCAACAAAACAUGGCUGCGUCUCCCAAGAUAGGCAUCGGAAUUGCCUCCGUCUCAUCGUCUCACCGUGUCUCCGCCGCAUCAUCCGCUCUUUCUCCUCCACCUCAUCUCUUCUUUCUCACCACUACCACUACUACACGUCACGGCGGCUCCUUACUCCUCCGUCAACCAACCCGAACUCGCUCUUCCGAUUCCCUCCGCCUCAGAGUCUCCGCCACCGCCAAUUCGACGUCUUCUUCUUCAGGAGGCGAGAUUAUCGAGAAUGUAGUGAUUAUAGGCUCCGGUCCGGCCGGUUAUACGGCGGCGAUAUAUGCAGCGCGCGCCAAUUUGAAGCCGGUGGUUUUUGAAGGGUAUCAGAUGGGCGGAGUUCCCGGUGGACAAUUGAUGACAACCACUGAAGUUGAGAAUUUUCCGGGAUUCCCAGACGGGAUUACGGGGCCGGAUUUAAUGGAGAAAAUGAGAAAGCAAGCUGAGAGGUGGGGAGCAGAGUUAUAUCCAGAAGAUGUUGAAUCUCUUAAUGUCACAACUGCUCCUUUUACUGUGCAAACUAGUGAACGUAAGGUGAAGUGCCAUAGUAUUAUAUAUGCCACUGGAGCUACAGCAAGGAGGUUAAGGUUACCUCGGGAGGAAGAGUUCUGGAGUAGGGGGAUAAGUGCUUGUGCUAUCUGUGAUGGAGCUUCUCCUUUAUUUAAGGGGCAAGUACUUGCCGUGGUUGGAGGAGGAGAUACGGCUACAGAGGAAGCCUUGUACCUCACGAAAUAUGCCCGUCAUGUUCAUUUGCUUGUUCGCAGAGACCAGUUGAGAGCUUCCAAGGCUAUGCAAGAUAGAGUGAUCAACAAUCCAAACAUCACAGUGCAUUACAACACGGAAACCGUGGACGUAUUGAGCAACACCAAGGGACAGAUGUCCGGCAUUCUACUCAGAAGACUUGAUACAGGUGAAGAAACUGAGCUGGAGGCAAAAGGAUUGUUUUAUGGAAUAGGGCAUUCGCCGAACAGUCAGUUAUUGGAAGGCCAAGUCGAACUCGACAGCUCGGGGUACGUCUUGGUUCGGGAAGGAACAUCAAAUACAUCAGUUGAAGGCGUAUUUGCUGCAGGAGAUGUGCAGGACCAUGAAUGGAGACAAGCUGUAACUGCUGCGGGAUCAGGAUGCAUAGCUGCUUUGUCAGCCGAGAGAUACCUCACAAGUAACAAUCUUCUUGUUGAAUUUCACCAGCCUCAACAUGAAGAGGCCAAGAAAGAAUUCACACAACGCGAUGUCCAAGAAAAGUUUGACAUCACUCUUACAAAGCAUAAGGGACAGUAUGCUCUUAGAAAAUUAUACCAUGAGAGUCCAAGAGUUAUAUUGGUACUAUACACUUCACCAACGUGUGGCCCCUGUAGGACUCUGAAGCCUAUUUUGAACAAGGUGGUCGACGAGUAUAACCAUGAUGUGCAUUUUGUUGAGAUUGACAUUGAGGAAGAUCAAGAAAUUGCUGAAGCAGCUGGAAUCAUGGGAACCCCAUGUGUGCAGUUCUUCAAGAACAAGGAAAUGCUCAGGACUAUAUCGGGUGUGAAGAUGAAGAAAGAGUACCGGGAAUUCAUUGAGGCCAAUAAAUGAGGACACCAGAUAGAUUUUAUUGUUUCUGGCAGAUGCCAAAUCUUAUCAUGAUUCGAUUUUGUUCUUUCAAAUACUUUGGAGUUACUGGAGCAACGCCAUUGAAUCUCAAAUGUAAACAAAUAGAAUCAUCAUAU